AUGUACCACCCGCUGGUAGCCCAGGCCGCGCUCGCGGUGUCUUUCCUUGCAGCGGCGACCGUACCUCGGAACCUCGUUCUCAGCAACGACGACGGAUGGGCGACCGCGCAGAUUCGCGCGCAAUUCGAUGCGUUGGUGGCUGCAGGCUAUGAGGUGAUCCUGUCCGCGCCCGCGCUGAACCAAUCUGGCAAGGGGUCGCGCUCGAAGACGCCUUCGGUUCUCGACGAGCCAUGUGAGUUCGAUACGUGCCCCGUAGGCUCGCCUGCCGAAGGAUUCAAUGCGAGCGAUCCGCGACUUAACUACGUGAAUGCGUACCCGGUCGACGCGGCACGGUACGGAGUCCAAACGCUCUCGAGGCAAUUCUUCGACGGGUCCAGCCCGGAUUUCGUCGUCAGUGGACCGAACAUUGGCCGUGAGUAUCUCAACGUCGGCAUCUCCACGCAGUUCUCCGGAACAGUCGGCGCCGCCGCCGAAGCCUCCAAGCUCGGCAUCCCCGCCGUCGCCUUCUCCGGCGCGUCCGGGUCCCACGUCUCCUACACAACGCUCGUCUCCUCGCCCACCUCUACCUCUGCGCUCGCUGCGAACAUCUACGCCAACCUCACCAUCGACUUCCUCCGCGUCCUCUUCAACACGACCGCCUCGCCCCUCCUCCCGCCCGGCGUCAUCCUGAACGUGAACUACCCCUCCGCCACGCGCUGCCCCGACCCCGCGGAAUACCGCUGGGUGCUCGCGCGCAACCUGUGGAACCCGUUUGCGACGGACGUAGAGGUAUGCGGGAGCGCGAGGCUGCCCACCGAGGCGGACGUGGUGGCAAAUGAGGACGGGUGUUAUGCGAGUGUGACGGUGAUCAGCGCGACGACGAAGACGGACGUAGGGAGGGCGACGCAGGCGGCGAUUGUCGAAAGCUUGGAAGGGUUGCCUCUGAGCUGUAUGGAUUGA